AUGUCAUCAACUGCCAUGGAAUAUAAAAGUGAAGGUAAUAAAUAUUAUUCAAAUAAAGAAUGGUUGUUAGCGAUUGAAUCAUACAGUAAAUCAAUAAAACUUAUUGAAAAUAAUAAUGAAGAUAAUCUUCCAUUAUAUUUAUUAUAUUCAAAUCGUUCAGCUGCUUAUAUUCAAGAUAAAAAUUUUUAUUCUGGUUAUGAAGAUGCUAAACAAUCAUUAAAAUUAAAAAAAGAUGAAAAUUUUAAAGGAUUUUAUCGUGCAGCUAUUUGUGCAUAUCAUCUUGGUUUUAUUGAACAAUCUCAACAAUUUAUUAAAGAAGCAACACAAGAUCAUCAACAAAAUCUUAUUGAUUAUUUAGAUUUAAAAUUAUUAAUAGAAAAAAAAGUUAAUUGUAUGAAAAAAUGGCGAAAACCAGUUGCAACAGCGAAAAAAUUAAUAAAAAAUCUUCAACAAAUUAUUGAAAAAAAAAUUUUGACAUUUGAAAUUCCAUCUAUUCUUUAUCAAAUUCGUUAUUUAUUACGAACUUUUUUUGAAAAUAAAAAAGAUAAAAAAUUAAUGAAUAUGAAUACUGAUGAUCUUGGUUUAAGAUUACAUGAAUUAGCUGUACAAUUUAAUUCUGUAUUUCAUGUUGAAGUAUGUUUUACACUUAUUAAUAACAAUUCAUAUAUCAUUUUAUUCGAAUAUUGA